AUGACUUUACAGAAUGGCGUUGCUCCCAACGGAGCUACCUGUGCCAAGAGGCACGAAGAGUACCAGUAUCUUGAUCUGAUUCGGGAAAUUCUAGAAGAAGGAGAACAAAGACCUGAUCGGACGGGAACCGGCACUAUCAGCAUUUUUGCCCCUCGACCUCUCAAGUUCUCACUGAACCGGGACGGCACUCCUAUUCUUCCACUUCUUACCACCAAACGCGUGUUUCUUCGUGCUGUGGUUGCCGAGCUGUUGUGGUUCAUCGAGGCCAACACUUCAUCCAAGGCGCUGAGCGACGUCGGCGUCAAGAUCUGGGACGGCAACGGUUCCCGCGAGUUCCUCGACAACCUAGGCCUCACCCACCGUGAAGAAGGAGACCUGGGCCCCGUCUACGGUUUCCAAUGGCGUCACUUUGGAGCAGAAUACGUGGACGCCAAGACGGACUACACAGGCCAGGGCGUCGACCAGCUCGCAGACGUUAUUGACAAGCUCAAGAACAAGCCGUACGACCGUAGGAUAAUCAUCAGUGCGUGGAACGCCCGUGAUUUGCAUCUCAUGGCGCUCCCGCCCUGCCAUGUGUUUGCUCAAUUUUACGUCUCAUACCCCAGCCGAAGACGGCGGAACGGCAAGGCCUCUUCCACGGAAACAAAUGGCGGCGCAACGAGCACGGCGCCUGAAAAGGGCCAUCUACACUGCCAAUUGUACCAGAGAUCUUGCGACAUGGGUCUCGGCGUACCGUUCAACAUUGCCAGCUACGCUCUGCUCACCCACAUGAUUGCCCAUGUGUGCGAUUUAGUGCCCGGCAGCUUGACACAUGUCAUGGGCGAUGCCCACGUUUACGCGGACCAUGAAGACGCUCUCAAUAUUCAGUUGGAAAGAGAACCACGCCAAUUCCCGGAGGUAGAAAUCGCGCGGGAGAAGGGAUGUGGUAUCGACGGGUGGAAGGUGGAAGAUAUCAUUGUCAAGGGGUAUGAUCCGCACAAGACAAUCGCCAUGAAGAUGGCUGUAUAA